AUGUUUGGAUUAUCCAGAUCUAAUGGGCCACAAAAGAAGGUGUUAGUUACACAAGACGACUUUUACGAUGACGCAGUUGCAAAGGAAGAGCAAGCUGAAAGAUGGGCAUUAUCUGAUAUCAAAAAGACCAUCCGGCAGUACCUAUUGGCAUUCGAAUCAUACGAGAGGGGUCUCAAUGCUGCAGAGGCCACGUUGAGUGGGAGCUGCCACAUCUAUUAUAAUCAAACUAGACUGCUGUUGAAGAUGCAUACGGAUUUCAUUGCUAAUGAUGGACACAUCAAUAUUCUCCAAUACGUCAAUCUGAGCGAUCUUGGUGACCUGACUGUUCUAUUCCAGCCACUAGGAUCCAUUACCGAACGUUUCGAACUUGCAUUUGCCAAGUUCGGAGACAUAUGUUCCUGGGACUUGCAUUUCAACCUUUUGACCUGUUAUUAUAGUCGAAUCGAAAACUUCGAAACUGUACCUGGUCAAGAAGUUUUGCACGUUUUUGAGAAGUUUAGGACGCUUAGCCAAAAACUCAUUGAGCUGCACGUUCAGGAACUCGAAACUUGGGAUGUGGCCAAUGCCGAUGGACUCUCCAAUGUCGAGUCAUACGAAGAUACCGCCAAGGGACCCGACCAGGAGCGCGACCAGGAGCCCGAAGCUGUGGAAAUGCAGGAUGAAAUUACAGUCUGGACGCUAAUCGACACGCUGGCAGUAAGCUAUCGUUGUAUAGCCGCCGUUUUGGAGCUGUUCAUCGAGUCUAGCAGCGGGACGCUGGAUACUCUAAACGCUGUGCAAGCCGACUGGCUUAGCAACAAUGCUCAAGAGUACAAAUCGCAGCUGGACAAUUUCUUGGCAAACACGACCCACAUUCAUGAAGAGUCUGCUGACACCGGGGAGCUGAAGCUCGCGAUAUGGUCCAUUGAAGCACUCAGGAUUGCCACUGACGAUGGGUUUGAAGGUUUGAAGACCCUUAUCGCAGAUCUUCCCAACGAAGACACGGGCAGGCUGCUUAUCGCAGUGGAUGUGCUGCACUUGGCUGGACAGCCUUCCCGGGGCACUGCCAAUUCGCAACUAUGGGCCAUAUACACGGAAAUCGGACGAGUUUUGAGAAUUGUAGAUUCUCAACUUGCUGCAAAGCGGCAGGACAUCACGAGUGGUCGUCUUAAGCACAUUGAAAACGAGCUGAGUCCCACCGUUUUCCAUCUUUGUGACGUCCUAAUAAACCGUUCCGAUAAUGAGCUUUUCCGGUACAUGAUCAAGACCUCUUCUACAGACACCAGCACAAGCUAUGAUGGUAGUUCAGACCCCAACGCUGCCAAGACUGCAGCAGUGUUACUAAAAAACGCCCAAGUCCUGCUCAAGAAUGCUAAGGCCAUAUCCCAGCAAUCUUGCGGCUUUCGUGAGUACAUCUCGGACAAACUCAAGCGAAACUAUAUUUACAAGCAAGCUGAAGAUCGUCUAGAGUUCAUCGAGUCUCAUAAAACCACAGAAACCAUCUCAGAACUUGCUCAAAACCAUCCAUUUUACGCUACAAAUUACAGCUUUCACUAA